AUCUACAAGCUGGUGUGGCCUGACCUUGUCAUGUUUCUGCUCGUUUACUACACCCUUAGUUUCAUCUACAGGUUCUCCCUGGAUCCAGACCAAAAGAAGAUGAGCGUGGGCGCGUGAUGCUUCGGACAAUAAUGAGGUAUAUCUGACUCUGUCUCACCAUGUUAUUCACCAUGAACUCUUGAGGAGUAAAGAAAUUAUUUCCAACAAUGGACCACUUUUUUGAAGCUGGUCUUCUUAACAAAAAUUAAAAGCCCAUGAAGAAUUCUGUGGACUAUGCUUAUCCAAAGCUCUCUAAACACUGGCUGCCCAUUACAUGGGCUGCCAACAUAACGACUAGAGCCAGACUCGAUCAAAAGAUUCACAAUGAUGUUGCAGCGAAGACUAUCAUCGACGAACUGAACAAGUUUCGUGGACAGUGCGGCCUUUUGCUAAGCUAUGACUCCAUCAGUGUGCCCCUGGUGUAUACUCAGGUGGUGACACUGGCUGUGUACACAUAUUUUAUAACAUGCAUCAUGGGACGACAGUGGGUAGAAGGAAUAGAUGAAAAUCUGCAGAAACAAAGGAACUCCAUUGAUUUGUACUUCCCUAUCUUCACAACAUUACAGUUCUUCUUCUACAUGGGAUGGCUGAAAGUGGCAGAGAGUUUAAUUAAUCCAUUUGGAGAAGAUGAUGAUGAUUUUGAAGUAAACUGGCUGGUAGACAGGAACCUACAGCAUCCUUAUAAGUUAAUUUUUUCCAUCCAGCUGUACAUCUCAAGAAGGGCAGAACAGAUUGUCAUGAUAUUUGGAAUGAGUAGUAUGCCAUGAUCCUAUUUUCUACAAUCAAUAAUACCAAUGUGAUGAAAGCUA